AUGGAUGCUUUGAUUGAAAAUCUUCAAACUCACGAGAUGAACAAAAAUCAGGAAACUUUAAAGAAGGAGGUAAAGAGGAACAAGUCACUAACACUCAAAGUGACAUCAAGUGAAGUGUCUGAAGAAGAUGAAGACAUGGCAUAUCUCACUAGAAGAUUUCAAAAAAUCGUGAGAAAACAUGGAGGGUUCAGGAAGACAGGAAGCUCCAGCAGGGUUGCUAAUGUAAAUGAUUUGUGCCACAAGUGUGGAAAACCAGGACAUUUUAUCAGAGAUUGCCCUAUGCACAAACUUAAAUAUAAAGACUAUUUCAAGGCUGGAGGAGACAAAGACAAGAGAAGGGACCUGGAUGUGUUUGAUGCAAUGUUUGCUUUCAUGGCAAAAUCUGAUGAUGAAGAAGUUGAAGAACAUGUAACUCUUUCUGAUUUGAAACAGAACUUGCAUGUUUAUUCUAUUAAAAGGCUGAGGAGCCUAGCAACUGUUUUGAUUGACUCAAUCACUAAGUUGACCUCUGAAAAGGAUUUGAUGAAUCACUACUAA